AUGCGUCUUGCUGAUUCUCAGGCUUACGGGGGAUCUCAGUGUCACGGCAGCGGCUUCGAACGACUGGCUUUUGCAGCAGAUUAUGAAGCACGGCGCAGCGAAGCAGACAGCCAGUUUGCAGCUGCCUGCGUUUUGCUGGGAAUUUCGCGAAGUCUUCGCCUGUCGGCAGCAGAGGCUGCAGGCACCUGUGCCGCUGCAGCCCCUGCCAGUGACAACGCUGGUGAGUGCAAGGCGUGUAAAAACAGCAAGGCUGCAACGCAGUCUGCUCUGCCCGCAAACCUCUGGCUCGAGGCUGGCCAGCAACAGCAACAACAGCAACAGCAGCAACAGCAACAACAGUGCAGCAGUCAUCAACAACAGCAACAACAGCAACAACAGCAUCAACAACAGCAGCACAAGCAUCAACAACAGCAGCAACAGCAGCAACAACAGCAGCACAAGCAUCAACAAGAACAGCAACAACAGGAGCAGCAGCAGCAGGAACAGCAGCAGGAGCAGGAGCAGCAGCAGCAGGAGCAGGAACAGCAGCAGCAGCAGCAGCAGCAGCAGGAACAGCAGCAGGAACAGCAGCAGGAACAGCAGCAGGAGCAGCAGCAGGAACAGCAGCAGCAACAGCAGCAGCAACAGCAGCAGGAACAGCAGCAGCAACAGCAGCAGCAACAGCAGCAGCAGGAACAGCAGCAGCAGCAGGAGCAGGAACAGCAGCAGCAACAGCAGCAGGAACAGCAGCAGCAAAUCGUAACGCAAUAG